ACAGCCUACAGUUCCUUUUAUCCACUCGAAUUCCAAUAUAAAUCGAUACACAAUCACAAUUAAAUAGAGUUUACACUCAAUACAAUCUAGUGCUCAGAACUGACUUAUAAAUCUAAACGUAUCGAAACCACAAUCAGUGAAAUAAAGAUUCCUCUCUGUGAUUAGUGUUUGUGAAUGAUGUUAUUAUCAUGUACUUAAUAAUAUAAUUAAGAGUAUGGAUUAUGAAGAUGCUCCGCUGGUCUACUAAUUGUUCGAGACUUUAAAUCUUCGACCACAGAAAGAAUGAGAGGGACAAAAGCCGUUUUUCUCGUUUUAUUGUUUGGCCACCUCUCCGCUCUGCCAGACACUAUAAGAAUAGGGGGUCUUUUCCACCCCGAGGAUGACAAACAAGAGGUUGCGUUUCGUUAUGCCGUUGAGAGGGUUAACGCAGACCGCGCGGUAUUACCACGUGCCAAACUACUCGCGCAAGUAGAAACGAUAUCGCCGCAAGACAGUUUUCACGCAUCCAAACGAGUAUGCCAUCUGCUUCGAAGUGGCGUGGCGGCCAUCUUUGGGCCACAAUCUGCACCAGCCGCAGCUCAUGUCCAGUCUAUAUGUGACACAAUGGAGUUACCCCACCUUGAGACUAGGUGGGACUACCGGACUAGACGCGAGUCAUGUCUUGUCAACCUGUAUCCACAUCCUGCUGCGCUUAGCCGGGCAUACGUCGACCUCGUCCGCGCCUGGGGCUGGAAAUCGUUCACGAUAGUGUACGAAAACAGCGACGGCUUAGUACGUUUGCAGGAAUUAUUAAAAGCCCACGGGCCCUCCGAGUUGCCGGUCGCCGUGAGACAACUGCCAGACUCUCACGAUUACAGACCGCUGUUGAAACAAAUAAAGAACUCCGCGGAAUCGCAUAUUGUACUAGACUGUGCCACUGAGAGGAUCAGGGACGUGCUCCAGCAAGCACAGCAGAUCGGGAUGAUGUCGGAUUAUCACAGCUACCUCAUUACUUCCCUGGAUCUCCAUAGCGUAGACUUAGAAGAGUUUAAAUAUGGCGGCACAAACAUAACUGCUUUGAGGCUUCUCGAUCCUGAAAGGGCCGAAGUACAGAGAGUGGUACGAGAUUGGGUUUACGACGAAGCGAGAAAGGGACGGAAGUUGCAACUAGGCCAUACUUCGGCUAAGGAAAACAUGACGUUUAUAAAGACCGAGACAGCUUUAAUGUACGAUGCGGUACAUUUAUUCGCUAAAGCGUUACACGACCUUGACACUUCGCAACAAAUCGAUGUGCGGCCAUUGUCGUGCGAGGCUGAGGACACGUGGCCCCAUGGGUACAGCCUCAUCAACUACAUGAAAAUUGUUGAAAUGAAAGGCUUAACGGGAGUUAUAAAGUUCGACCAUCAAGGCUUCCGCAGUGACUUCACCCUCGACAUAAUCGAACUUACCCGUGAAGGACUCCAGAAAGCCGGUACUUGGAACUCGUCAGAGGGUGUCAAUUAUACAAGGUCUUACGGCGACAAUCAGAAACAGAUAGUGGAAAUACUCCAAAACAAGACCCUCAUUGUUACUACAAUUUUGAGCGCGCCAUAUUGCAUGCGGAGGGAAGCGAGCGAGAAGCUGACAGGCAACGCGCAGUUCGAAGGCUAUGCCAUUGAUCUCAUUCACGAGAUAUCUAAAGUUCUGGGCUUCAAUUACACAUUCAAGCUUGCGCCUGACGGUCGAUACGGGUCCUACAACCGGGAGACCAAAGAGUGGGACGGGAUGAUAAGAGAGCUUCUCGAACAACGGGCGGACGUGGCUAUUGCCGAUCUAACCAUUACUUACGACAGGGAGCAAGUGGUAGACUUCACGAUGCCAUUCAUGAAUCUUGGAAUAUCUGUGCUUUACCGAAAACCUAUAAAACAGCCACCAAACUUAUUUUCGUUCCUGUCACCUCUUUCCUUGGAUGUUUGGAUUUAUAUGGCGACGGCGUAUUUGGGUGUUUCUGUUCUUCUGUUUAUACUGGCCAGGUUCAGCCCGUACGAGUGGGACAGUCCACGGAACUGCCUUGACGAGCCGCCGGUGCUGGAGAAUCAGUUCACACUGUUGAACUCGCUGUGGUUCACUAUCGGGUCCUUGAUGCAGCAAGGUUCGGAUAUCGCACCGAAAGCUGUAUCAACCCGGAUGGUAGCGGGAAUGUGGUGGUUUUUUACCCUGAUCAUGAUAUCUUCUUAUACGGCUAACUUGGCCGCUUUUCUCACUGUUGAAAGAAUGGAUUCACCAAUAGAAAGCGCCGAAGAUUUGGCCAAGCAAACUAAAAUCAAAUACGGUGCUUUGAAAGGAGGAUCUACUGCCGCUUUCUUUCGGGAUUCUAACUUCUCAACUUAUCAACGUAUGUGGUCAUUCAUGGAAUCUGCUCGGCCUACUGUGUUUACUAGCAGUAACAAGGAGGGGGAAGAGAGGGUUAUGCGAGGGAAAGGUGGUUAUGCCUAUCUCAUGGAGUCUACUACCAUAGAGUACGUGGUUGAAAGAAACUGCGAUCUCACUCAAGUUGGAGGGAUGUUGGACUCGAAGGGAUACGGAAUUGCAAUGCCACCAAAUUCACCAUACCGUACGGCCAUUAGCGGGGCAGUUUUGAAAUUGCAAGAGGAGGGAAAAUUGCAUAUUUUAAAAACAAAAUGGUGGAAAGAGAAACGUGGCGGUGGAUCUUGUAGAGAUGAAACAUCAAAGUCGUCAUCAACCGCAAACGAGCUGGGCCUGGCGAAUGUUGGCGGUGUGUUUGUAGUGCUAAUGGGAGGCAUGGGUGUUGCCUGUGUUAUCGCCGUCUGCGAAUUUGUGUGGAAGUCGCGUAAGGUUGCAGUGGAUGAACGGAAGGAAGAGGCUUCGCUUUGUUCGGAAAUGGCAUCUGAGCUUCGGUCUGCUUUGAAGUGUCCAAGUGGGGGAGGGAGCGGGGGCACGGGCGGCCCGCGGGAGGGGUCGGACUCCCCGUACUUGCACUACGGGUUCAGUACAAAAAGCCAGCUGCACUAGCGCCCAAACUCAGCCUCCUCGCCCCCGAGCGAUGUGUAGGCUCCACAGACUGUACGCAACCCCAUUCAGAGGUCAACGCAAUCCAAGUGCCCUGUGAUGUUAACUGCCAAACCGACACGACGCGCCAAGACAAGAUCGUCUCGUACUCGUACCGUAGCAUGUAAAUAAACCAUAUCGUAUAACGGUUUAAGAUACAAUAAUAUUGUUGUGAAAUUUUACGUAUUUGAAUGAAAAUGUGUUUUAGA